AUGUCGACAGCCGAAAACCAAAAAAACAAAAUUAAAAGAAAAGACCUCCAAACGGAAGCUCUUUUUGUCCAAACGGAAGCUCUUUGGAGUCUUUCGAGGAAAUCCGGAGUGAUGGACGCCGACGAGAGAUUGGCGGGGUUGAAAAAGGCUUAUGCUGACGUAAUCCUCAGUAUAUCCAAGGAGGCAGCAGCUAGGGUUAUGGCAUCAGAGAAAAAGUCUGUGAUGUACCAGCACGAGCUGAAGGUGGCGAAAGACGAGGGUUUGAGAAUGAUGCUGAGACUUAAGCAAAUGAUGGAUUAUCAGAUUUACCAAUCACAGGCAACAUUGUUAAACCAGCAGAAGAAAAUCGACGAGCUGGAAGCUCAACUUCAGGAAGCCGAAGAUAUUGUUAGUGACCUCAGAGCAGAGUUAAGACAGGCCCAAGCCGAAGUUGAGAGGGAAAAAAAGCCCAAGAAUGAGUAUCAUGUGAAUGGGCUUGUUCACACUUAUCCAAAUGAGAAAAACCCAAUCAUUAACAAUCUCUACCCUUACCAAUCAGUUGAUUACCUUCCUCCAAAUGCAUCAUCUCAAAUUGACUUGCCUUCCAUAAUAUUGAGAAGCAAAGAGCCAGGCCUUUACCGAAAAAACGGAUGCACUCAAAGGAUACGUGCGUGUGAUAGGAACCUUCUGGAAAGGAAUUUCAGCCUCUCGGAGGAGAAAGAGAAGGAGAGCAAAGAGCUUGAGAAUAAUAAGACAUUGCCGAAUAUCAAGCCAAUUGGGUUCGAUUCUAUCUCUUCGAAAGGUAAGAGGGCCGUCAGAAAGAGAAAGACUGUUAUUCCAUGUAUCGGAACAAAAUCUUUAUUUUCUGAUAGUGCAAAGCUGUCACCGGAUAAGGAUUUAACACAAACUCUGAUAGAAUGUCAAAAUAUUUGUGAUAAUGAAAGAGAUGUUAUCGAGUUUAGUGGUGAGAAGACAAUUGGAAUGGAUAAUAAUGGGGUGAGUGAAGAAACAGAUAAUGUUCAGAAAGAGAUUUUAAUUUCAUCCGAAGGUGCCAAAGGGAUUUUUUUCCGGCCUUUGAGGGAAAGAGAUUAUAAGUAUACUUUCCAAAGGAAGCGAAAGAGGCAAACUCCGAGUGAAUCCAAUAUGAAUGGCUCUCUUGAGAUGGGGAAAAAGACAUUUGGUGAGAAUAGUGCCGAUAAGAAAGUGGAGAAACUGAAGAACAACAGUUUGUCAAUGGAGUCUUCACGAGACAGUAGGCGAUUGGAGCAAGUUGCUCGGCAGCUUAUAUCACUGUCUGAGAGCAAAUGGUGGCAUUAAUGGCAGCUUUAUCUUUGGACACUUAGAACGACUCUGCUAGAUGGAGGUCGUUUCGAGUUCCUGACCAUAAACAAAACUACAAUGAGAGAGAGAGAAUGAGUUCUUGAUCUGGAUUUAUAUACUGUAAUUUAAUCUUUAUUGUGGUUAAUCUACUUGAUAAGUUCGAACUCAAGAAUAGUGUUUUUUUUAUUAUCUAUCAAUGUUCUAUUAUUUUUCAGUAUUUAUUUGGCUAUUCUUCAUUGCACUUUCUGUUUC